AUGGCCACAUCGGAUUCAUUUAUGAUGGAUUCACUUAGUGAUUCCUUAUUAGCAGCAGUAAAUGAAAUGUCAUUUAACGAACCUGUUCAUCCGCCAGUUGCUGAAAAACCUUUAAAACCACUAAGCGAAUUAAAUCUACCUCCAUCAGUUAUUGCUUGUUAUCAACGUUUUGGUAUUUCACAUCUUUUUGGUUGGCAAGCUGAAUGUCUUGAAAAAGCAAGUGCAAGUGGAAAACGAAAUUUUAUCUUUUCUGCUCCAGCUUCGGGCGGUAAAACAAUUGUAUCCGAAUUACUUCUUAUUAAAUCUAUACUCGAAACAAAACGAAAAGCUCUAUUUAUUGAACCUUAUGUUAGUAUUGUUCAAGAAAAAGCGAAUUAUUUUCGAAAAUUAUUUUCAUCACUUCAUUUACGUAUUGCAUCCUAUGCAAAUACAAAUGAUUCUCAUUAUUCAUUUUCUAAUAGUCAUAUUAUAAUCUGUACAAUUGAAAAAGCUAAUAGUAUAAUCAAUCGUUUAUUAUCAAAUCGUAAUGAUUUAAAUGAAUUAGGUAUAGUAAUUGUUGAUGAAUUACAUUGGAUAGGUGAAAUAAAUCGUGGUUAUUUACUUGAAUUAUUAUUAAGUAAAAUAAUAUAUUAUAAUCAAUUACAAACAACAAAUAAUCCAGUACAAAUUAUUGGUAUGAGCGCAACAAUACCAAAUUUAAAACAAUUAGCACAAUGGCUUAAUGCUGAUAUCUAUGAAACAUUAUUUCGUCCAAUUCCACUUGAUGAAUAUAUUAAAAUUGAUUCAAUUUUAUAUAGUAAACAAUUUAUACCUGUACGUCAACUUCAAUUAUGUGAACAAUGGAAUCAAGGUGAUAGUGAAGGUGUAACUGAGAUUAUUUGGAAUGUUAUAGAACAUAAUUGUCGAAGUGUAUUAGUUUUUUGUUCGACAAAACAUUGGUGUGAAGUAUUAGCUAAAUUAUUAGCGAAAAAUUUUCAAUGUAUUAUUAAUGACAAACAAAUAAAUCCAUUUGAUAAAAUAAAACUCGAUGAUGUUAUCGAACAAUUACGGCGAACUCCAGCUGGUCUUGAUACUGAUCUUGCUUGUUCAAUACCAAUGGGUGUUGCAUUUCAUCAUGCCGGUUUAACGAUUGAUGAAAGAGAAAUUAUUGAAAAUGCAUAUAGAGCAAAUAUUAUUCGUGUUAUUGUUUGUACAAGUACAUUAUCCAGUGGGGUCAAUCUUCCUGCUCGCUUAGUUAUUAUUCGAAGUCCACUCCAGAAUGGUCGAUGUAUUGAUCUUAGUACUUAUCUUCAAAUGGUUGGUCGAGCUGGUCGUAAAGGUUACGAUGAUUAUGCUGAAAGUAUUUUAAUUUGUUCCAAAAAAGAAGUUGAUUUAGUACAAAAAAUGUUUGAACAACAAACGACGAAACCAGUUAAUAGUUGUUUUUUCGAAACCGAAACACAUACAAGUCUUAAACGAGCUUUACUUGAAAUAAUUUCAAGUGGAAAAGCAAAUACUAAAGAACAAAUUAUAUCCUAUCUUAGAUCAACAUUUUUUUAUACUUGUGCAAAUUCAGAUAGAUCAACAAUAGAUGAACAAUCAACUAUCGAUAAAUGUCUUAGUUGGUUAAGUCAUAAUGAACUUAUUCAUUGUAUAGAUAAAGAAAAUAUUGAUAAUGAAAAUAAUUUAAGAUAUGAACCAACACAACUUGCUUUAGCAGUUAUUAGUUCUGCGAUUAAUCCAGACGAUGGUCUUAAACUUGUUGUUGAAUUGAACAAAGCUCAACGAAAUUUAUGUCUCGAAAAUGAUCUACAUCUUGUUUAUCUUAUAAUUCCUCAACAUUUGAUAAAUUCAAUGUUAACAACACUCGAUUGGAAUAUAUUUCAUACUGUUUGGCCAACUGGUGCUGUUGAACAACAUGUCGCACAUUUAGUUGGUGUUAAUGGUAUGGUUGUAUAUAAAAAAGCAGCAUCAUUACGCAUAGAAAAACGUGAAUAUGAAGAAAAACAUGAUGGAUCACGUUAUGCACGAUUUUUUGUUGCACUUAUUCUUAAUGAUUUAUUAUGCGAAAAAAGUAUGUGUGAUGUUAUACGAAAAUAUGAAUGUACAAAAAGUUUUGUACAACAAUUACAACAAACAACAGCAACAUUUACAUGUAUUGUACAAAUAUUUGCUGAACGUCUUUCAUGGAAUAAUUUAAAACAAUUAUUAAAUGGUUUUCAAUCAAGAAUCAAUUUUGGUAUUAAACAAGAUUUGUGUGAAUUGGUUAGAAUUUCGAUUUUAAAUGCUUGUCGUGCUCGACAACUUUAUUCAGAUGGUUUUACUACGAUUGCUUCAUUAGCGAAUGGAGAUAUUUAUGAAAUUGAACGAAGUAUUCAAAGAGCAAUACCAUUUCAAACAACAGCACAACAAUUAGCUGAUGAAGGUGUAGGUCAAUCACGACGUGAUCAGUAUUGUAUAUUCGUUCCUGGACGACCAGCAUUAACAAAUGCACAAGCAGCAAGAGAAAUUAUAGAAGAAGCGAAAAUAUUACUUCAACAUGAUUUACAAGCAAUGGGAUUUGGAAUGGUUAUUCAAAGAGGACAAACAGAUAUUAAAAAUGAACAUGUUUCAAAUUCAGAUACAGAUUCUGAUGAAGAUGAAAAUGAAAGUAAUAUUUCUUCACCAAUUUUAUCUUCAUCUAUUCAAUUUCCAUCUUUACUUGACGAUAAAAAUAUAAAUAUUCGUAAUGCGUAUGUAAAUGGAAAAUAUAUUUGUUCAGAAUUUAUUUUAAUGAUUGAACACAAGGAAACAAUUGCUAUUAGUUGUUUUACUAAAAAAUUAACAAAAACAAUUUCUGAUCCAAAUGUAUUUCAUAUUAAUAAUCAACAAGAAUUAUAUUUACAAUAUGUUGCUUGUGCUUUUAGCACUCACAAAGUCUAUAUUAUUGAUGUUGCAGAAGAUGAACUAUAUUUCCAACAAAAUCGAAUGUCCGCACUUAUUCAUGUUCGAGAAAAAUUAAUGAAUCGAAAACACAAUGUAAUUGUAUUCAAUGCAUUACAUACAUUAUUUAUCCUUUCAUCCUAUUUAUCAAUACCACGAGUAUAUGCACGAAUAAUUGAUUUACAAGUAUGUGCAUGGUUAAAACAAAAUCCGAUUGAUUCCGAACGAAUUUCUACUUGGAUUGAAGAACAUCAUAGUGUACUUCAAUUUGAUGCAAGUCUUAAUGCAUAUAAAGAUAAUAAUCAUCGUGAAAUGGCAUGUUUAAAAAUAGCUGGUGAGGUUCUUCUCUGUGCAUCGAUAGUUCCAAUAAUUGAACAACAAAUGAGUAAAAAUAAUUUAUGGAAUUAUUAUAUAACAAUUGAAAUGCCGGCAUUAAAUACUAUGCUUCAAAUGUUACUUAAUGGAAUAUUAAUUAAUCGUGAAGAAUUAAGUAAUAUUCGAGAAGAUCUUCUUACUUUAAUGAAUCAACUUGAAUUGCAAGCAUAUCGUAUAGUUAGACGACGUUUUAAAAUCAAUCGACAAAAAGAUCUUAUUAAAAUUCUGUAUGAUGAACUUCAUUUACCAAUACAACGUACACCACAUGGUCGUGUAUGUCUAAAAAAAUCUUAUUUAAAUAUUUUAGCUGAUAAACAUCCAUUACCAAAAUUAAUUAUUGAAUAUCGACAAGUUCAAAGUGCACUUGACCGUUGUAUCGAUAGUUUUGAACAGUAUAUUAAUGAACCAACAAAACCACAAUCGCUACAACGUUUACGAAGAGAAGCUGCGUGGCAAACAGAACGUACUUAUGCGUAUUGCCAUUUUUUUACAGCAACUGGACGAAUGAUUGUUAUUAAUCCACCAUUACAACAUGUUCCAAAACGUUUUCCUAUUAAAUCUUUACAAAAGGAAUCGAUGGUGCAAUUAAGACAAAUGAUUAUUGCUCGAACAGGUUUUCAACUUGUUUCAUUCGAUUAUUCUCAAUUAGAAUUACGUGUUCUUGCUCAUCUUUCUAAAGAUGAUAAAUUAAAAACACGUUUAACGACUGAUACUGACUUUUUCAUAUCACUCGCUGCGGAUCUUUUAAAAAAACCCGAAUAUGAAAUAACUCCUGAACAACGUCAAAAUACGAAACAAAUCUGUUAUGGUAUUCUCUAUGGUAUGUCAAAAGAAACAUUUGCACGUGAAACACGUAUGACAAUAAAUGAAGCAGAAGAUUUUGUUGAAAAUUUCUAUAAAACAUUUCCAAUAAUGAGUCAAUAUCUUGAUAAUAUUAAACGACAAGUUGGUGAAAUAGGUUAUGUACAAAGUAUGUAUGGACGUCCAUUAUAUUUUGAUUUGGCUCGUAUGUCAGCAAAUGAAAUGAAUAAAGCUCGAAUGGAACGACAAGCAAUAAAUUUUGUUAUUCAAUCAUCUGCUUGUGAUAUAAUGAAAAUGGCUAUAGAACGUAUUAAUCAAACAUUAGAUCGAAUAUUUCCUUUUGAUUUCAAAAUUCGUCCAACACCUAUUCGACCAGUUUAUCUUGUUUUACAAAUUCAUGAUGAAUUAAUGUUUGAAAUUGAAAUAAGUUCACGUACAAAUGAAAUUAUAAAUGUCAUUCAUCAAGAAAUGGAACGAAAUGAUAAAAUAUCAUUAUUAUUACCAGUACAAAUUAAAUCUGGUGAUUCAUGGGAAUCAAUGAUAUCCGUUGUAUAA